AUGAACACUGCAGCUACCCCAACUCAGAAGCUGGCCCGGCCAAGCGAAAGUGGAUAUCACGACGGCGGAGACACAGUCCAUUGUAACGACUUGAAGUGGCUCCCGCUUGCGCCAAAAGUCUGGAUUAAACUCGUCAAACUCUCCCCUGAGACAGGUGCACACACUGUCAUCAUACGAGCGGAAAAGGGAGGGGUCCUCCCGCGCCACCGACACAUCGAGAGCGCUGAUAUAUACGUCCUCCGGGGCGACGGCGAGCACCCACAAACAGGUCAUUUCUCCCAGGGCGACUACGUCUCAGAGCGGAAGGGCGCGGUCCAUGACCCACUCGUAUUCGAGGAGGAGGUGGAAAUGUUGAUGAUGAGCAAUGGGCCUUCCGUUUUUAUCGACGAUGAGGACCGUGACUUGUUUUUGAUGGAUAUCCCAAUGCUUCAGCGGCUGGCUGAAUCGGCCGCAUGA